AUGUUAGCGGCAUCCGAAAAAUUUCAUUUUGUUUUCAGUCAUGAACUAAAAGAUCGUAUACAAAUAAAAAUUAAUUCUGUUGACGGCGAACGAACUCAACAAGAACAGCAGCAUCAACAGCAACAGCCUAAUAAUGAUAUCUUUUUUUCUAAUACUUCGUCAUUGAUUCGUACUUUCAAAGAUUCAAAACGUAGCGAACCUUAUGUUCUUUGUCAAGUGUUUUCCGAUGGUCAAUCACUUUGUAUGCCUGUUCAAUCAUCAUUUAAAUCAUUUACUGAGAAAUGGAGUUGGAACGAAUGGUUAACAUUACCGUUACGAUAUUGUGAUUUACCACGACAUGCAAUACUCGCGCUAUCAAUACACGAAAUGAUAUCGCCAACUGAGAUUCGUAUUAUUGGAAGUACAAUUAUACCAUUGUUUGACAGCGAUGGAACAUUUCGACAAGGUAUUUAUGAUUUAAAACUUUGGCCAAAUGUACCACCCGAUGUUAAAUUUAAUUCUUCGACGCCUGGUAAAAAUGAUGCGAUAUCAAAUAAUGAACAAAUUCUUAGUAAUAAUACCAAUCAAAAAAUAAAACCAAUUGCUUCUGCACCGGUUAUAACGACAAGUAAUCUUCAAUACAAUCGCAAACAAAUCACAUCUAAACCUUUAAAUAUUACAUGGAACGAUGAUAGUGCAUAUCCAAUGUUAGAUGAGUUAAGUCGGAUAGCAAAAGUGAUUAAAACUCAAUGUGAUGGUCAUACGAUAAAUCAAGAAUGGCUUGAUCAAUUGGUAUUGGCAAAAACUCGAACAUGUUUAGAUAAAGAACGUUCAACUUCAAAAUCAAUGUUAUUAAUGAUUGAAUUCGCUCGAACGAUGAUAAACGAUAAUGAAUGUAUUGUACUUUAUUUUGAGCCGAAAUGUGAUGAUGUACUCAAUUAUCCAAUUGGAUACACGGAUCUUGCUGUCUAUGAUCCCGAACUUGACCUAGAAAAUAUUGUCGAAAGCAAACAUUUAAAAUUAUCGCGUAGCGCUCGUAAAGCAUUAGAUAAAGAUUUAAAACCAACGUCUCAAGAACGAGAUGCACUUAUGCGAAUAGUAGCGUAUGCACCGGCACAAUUUAUAUCCCCACAAGAUCAAAGUUUAGUAUGGAAGUAUCGAUUCUUUCUAUCACAAUAUAAAAAAGCACUUGCAAAAUUUCUUCAAUGUGUUCAAUGGGAAACAGAAGAACAGGUUAAACAAGCACUUGAUCUAUUACACCAAUGGGUUACUAUGGAUACAGAAGACGCUCUCGAACUAUUGGGUCCUACUUACAAUCAUCCGAAAGUUCGCUCGUACGCAGUUUCAAGACUUCGACAAGCACCGGAUGAAGAUCUUCUUUUAUAUCUUUUGCAAUUAGUUCAAGCUCUUCGAUACGAACGCUUUGAUAUAAAUAAUACUUCUAUGGUAGAUUCAGUAGACGAAGAACAGAAUAGUUCAAAUGGCACUUAUGAGAGUUUUGCUAAUGCGAUUGGACAAUCAGAUUCAGCGUGCAGCGAUCUAACAAAACUUUCAACACCAGAAGUGGAUUUAGCAACAUUUCUUAUUCAACGUGCAUGUGAAAAACCAACAAUUGCAAAUUAUUUAUUUUGGUAUGCAUUUGUUGAAUGUGAGAAUAAUAUUUCAUCAAAGGAUAAAGCAACCAGUGAAAUGUAUCAAGCAUUUGUUAAACGACUUAGCAUGACGCUCAAAACGACAAAUGAACAAACUCAACAAGUACGUUUAUCAAUCGAAGCACAAAAGAAAUUUGUUGAUAAACUUGUCGAAUUAACAAACAUAGUCAAACGUGUACAAGGUCCAGCUAAAGUUAAGGAAGAAAAACUACGAAGUCUAUUGUUAGCUGGCGAUGAUUCACCAGUGAGAUUUAAUUUUCUUAAUUUUGAUCCAAUUCCGUUACCACUUGACCCAGAAAUUCGAAUUCGACGAAUUAUUCCCGAUAAAAUAAAGAUAUUCAAAAGUGCUAAGUUACCAUUUCUAUUCGUAUGUGAAACAGUAGAUGGUGAAGAAUAUCCGAUUAUAUUUAAAAAUGGCGACGAUCUUCGGCAGGAUCAACUUAUUCUACAAAUAAUCAUGUUAAUCGAUCGAAUCCUUCGAAAAGAAAAUAUUGAUCUAAAAUUGACGCCUUAUAAAGUGCUAUCAACAAGUUUAAAAUAUGGUUUUGUGCAAUUCAUUGAUUCUCAGCCAUUACGAAACGUUCUCGAACCUAAACGUACGAUUCGACAAUAUCUACAAAGUAAAACAACUGUUACAAAUAGUGAAGAUACAACUCUAAAUGAAACUGGUAUUCCCCAUGAAGUUAUGGAUGCUUAUGUUAAAAGUUGUGCUGGCUACUGUGUAGUCACGUAUCUAUUGGGUGUUGGUGAUCGACAUCUAGAUAAUUUAUUAUUGCGAGAUAGUGGCCAAUUAUUUCAUAUUGACUUCGGUUUUAUUAUGGGUCGUGAUCCAAAACCAUUGCCACAAGCGAUGCGCGUUUCAAAAGAUAUGAUGGAAAUGUUAGAUGAUAAACGCUUUCUUGACUUCUUACGGCAUUGUUUCACUGCCUUUAUUAUUCUUCGAAAACAUGCAAAUGUAUUUGCCAAUCUAUUUUCUUUGAUGCUCGAUGCUAAUAUUCCUGACAUUGCAUUAGAACGUGAUAAAACAGUUAAAAAACUACUCGAUAAAUUUCGACUUGACCUUGAUGAUGAAAAAGCAAUCAGCUAUUUGAAAGAUUUGAUUGAUUCAAGUAUUAGUGCCAUUGUACCACAAGUUUAUGAUUAUUUUCAUAAUUUGCUAUUGGCUUUUCGAUAA